AAUUAUUUAAUCACUCUUUUAAUUUUAUCUAUCCAAACCAAACCCCUCGCACCUAUUUUCUAUAGAUUGAGCCUCUAAAUUGUUAAGCUGAAAGUGUAGUAAUAGGUUUUUGGUAAGCACGUUUAUGUUAAGUUGGAUGCAAUAAUUGAAAUAGUCGACACAAUACAGCCAAAUUAAAUAAUCGAAACGGAAAUUGCUUUCUCCUUCAUAUUUCUCUCGCUCCUCCAAUAAAAUACGAAUCACAGACACAAAUUUGAAGACGCAAGGAAAUCUUCAAAUACGUAUCAAAAUGUGUUUGAAUAAUUAAUUAGGCACUUCUGUUUUUUCCAUAAAAACAAAGAUCGGUGAGCUAAGCUUCACUGUCCACAUAUACUUCACGAUCCAAACUCACACACAAACCCUAAUUCUCUGAGACUGAAGAUGAGCUGGUGGUGGGCUGGAGCUAUUGGCGCUGCAAAGAAAAAAUUCGAUGAAGAUGAGGCGCCGCCGAACUACCAGAGCGUAGCUCUGGUGGUGGGGGUGACCGGAAUCGUGGGCAACAGCCUGGCGGAGAUCCUGCCGCUCUCGGAUACUCCGGGCGGCCCGUGGAAGGUUCAUGGGGUGGCGCGCCGCCCCCGCCCCUCCUGGAACGAGGAUCACCCCAUCAACUACAUCAGCUGUGAUGUAUCCGACCCCGACGACGUGAAAGAGAAGCUAUCCCCUCUCACCGAUGUAACCAAUAUUUUCUAUGUGACGUGGACUAACAAAUCCACCGAGGAGGAGAAUUGUGAAGCUAAUGGUAAAAUGUUGAAAAAUGUGCUGAAUGUAGUGAUCCCUAAUUGCCCCGAUUUGAAGCAUAUCUGUCUGCUGACCGGUAGGAAGCAUUAUCUUGGUCCAUUUCAGUCUUUAUGGAAGAUUCAAACUCAUGAUCCUCCGUUAACUGAGGAUUUGCCUCGAUUGGAUUGCCCGAAUUUCUAUUAUACCCUAGAGGAUAUUCUGUUUGAGGAGGUUGGGAAGAAGGAGGGCUUGACUUGGUCUGUGCAUCGGCCGGGGGUUAUAUUCGGGUUCUCACCGUAUAGCAUGAUGAAUUUGGUUGGGACGCUUUGUGUUUAUGCAGCUAUCUGUAAGCAUGAGGGUGCAGUUUUGAGGUUUCCCGGCUGUAAGGAUGCUUGGGAUGGAUACUUUGAUUGCUCAGAUGCAGACUUGAUUGCGGAGCAUCAGAUAUGGGCGGCCGUGGAUCCUUAUGCGAAGAAUGAGGCGUUCAAUGUGAGCAAUGGGGAUGUUUUCACAUGGAAGCAGUUCUGGAAGGUGUUGGCAGAGCAGUUUGGCGUGGAGUGUGGGGAGUAUGAGGAAGGGAAGGAGGUGAGACUGCAGGAGUUGAUGAAGGACAAAGGUCCGGUUUGGGACGAAAUUGUGAGGGAGAAUGGCUUGUCGUCAACCAAGUUGGAGGAUGUUGGGAUUUGGUGGUUUGUUGAUUAUAUGUUUGAGCAUGCAUGUAUGUUGGAUACAAUGAACAAAAGCAAGGAGCAUGGAUUCCUUGGAUUCAGGAAUUCCAAGAAUUCCUUCAUUUCUUGGAUUGAUAAGGUGAAAGCUUACAAGUUUGUUCCUUAAAUUGUAUACAUGUCUGCUAUGUGCUUCGUUACUGAGUUUGUUUCCUUGGUUGUUAGUGUGUUAUGCAUCGUUUCUUUAUUGAACGAAAUGGAAUAAAUCUGUAUAAUAAGAUUGGCUUCAAUUGGGAAGAGAAAAUGAUGUGGAAAUAUACAUAGUUGGUGGAUGUAAUUUCCUUUUGGAUUUGGUGGUGUGCUUGUGUUUGUUGCCUUGAUGGUAUAUGUAAAUUUCAGUUUCUGUACUUUUGUCCUGGAUUUCAGCAAUUAAUGAUGUUGUUAUUACAUUUA